UGUUUCCGCCAUCUUUCUUUUGUUUAUUUUUUUCUGUUACCCGUGAGACUUUGAAGUAUUUGCGUAGUCACGUGAUCACUCGCCGAGAAAAACAAAAUGGCCGCCUCCGGAGGCACGCAAAUGACAUCUGGAAUGAUCAAGUCUUCUCAUAAUAUUCUGCGAUCAGAUGUUCAUUAGAAGACACCCAAGGAGCCACCAUGAGUUCGGACUCUCAAACGCUUCAAGCCAAGUAUCAGAAAUUGGCUGCAGAAUUUGCAAAGCAAAGAGCGCAGAACACGGUUUUAAAGAAGGCAGUUAUCGAGGAACAAGAAAAAACCAAGACCCUUCAGGAAACAUUGCGGCAGAAGGACCAGUCUAUUAGAAAAUAUGAACAGGAGAUUGACAGCUUACAGUUCAGAAAUGAUCAGUUGUCAAAGAGAGUGGCAGUGUUGCAAGAGGAGCUCGAUGAUUAUGAUGGAAAGAACAGAAGAGGAAAGUCGAGGAUUGAUGGUGUGACAAAGGGAGAGGACAAUUUUGUAAAAGAUCAGGAACUUCAGAUAAAAAUUCAAGAAAAUGAGAGACUGCAGCGAGAGUUGUAUGAAACUACACAGGAACACAAAGGAACGAUACUGACCCUUCAGGAAAAGUUGGAAUCAAUUGAAAGAAAUUCCACUGAUCACCAAAAGAUUUUAGAUGAGGCUAAUGCAAAGCACAAAAUGGUUGUUGAUAAACUCAAUGAGGAGAGAGCUUUACUGGAGGCAAAACUCCAUAAGACAGAAGAGGAACUAAAAGUAGCAAGUUUAAAAGCAGAAAAGGGUCACCAGCAACUUAAGCUGUUACACAAAGAGAUGACAUCCAGAUAUGAUGAUGUUUCUAAAGUUGUCACAGAAAAACUUCCAUUCAAUGAUACAAGCAUCAGAGAGCUGAACAAACUUAAUGUACCAACACAUGAUCGUAGGCACCAGGUGAAAGCAAAGGAAUUAAUUUGUCAAGCAGUCGAACUCAUUCGUGAGCUUGUAUCAGGAAUGUCAAACUUUCUUACCUACACUGAACAGCGACUCAAGACCUUCUUUAUAGAAUCAGCUCAGCUGCAGAUCAGUCCUGUCACACAGAAGUUCUGUGAGUACCUUCAUGGAAAUGCAACAGUGCUGAGAGCUGUGGAUCAAGCAUUUGUGUCAUUCUACAACAGCAUCAAAACAGACUCUUUGAUUUCUUUGGAAACCAUUCCUGGUUUUUAUGAUUUUUCUGAAGCAUUUCAUAAAUACAGCAACUAUUUAAAGAAGCUUCUUCCUUACUUUGUGUUGAGCACCAGUGAAGAAUGUAAAGCUUCAACUUGUUCCACUACACUAGAAGCCCAUAACAAAGCUGUGCUGCACUCUCUGAGAAAGCUUAUCACCGUGUUUAAUAAGAUUGACACUUACAUUGGUGUCUUGGCCUCAGCAAGUUCCGGAUCUGAAGGAAUUCUACCAGCCAAUUAUAAUGUUUCCUUUAUGCAUCUUAACUCUGCCCUGCAGCAACUUUAUGAAUGUGUUAAAGUAUUAUCAACGCAUUUCCAGUCUAAGGUUUCUCUUGAACAUCAGCUGCCAACAGCAACACAGACCCUGAAAAGCACAGACGAAUGCAUCGUUUCUUCUUUAGUGUCUCUGCUAACUGCAAGUGCCAAGAUUGGAAAGUUUAUGAGUGGAAACUUGGAUUUCUUCUCAACAAAGUCUGGCGUCAAAACAAGAGGAAUGACUUCUGCAGCUGAUAGCGAGCUUACUUCAUCGCCAGCUGUUUUGGAAUUCAGACAUCACGCUGCCGACUACAUACAAAAGCUAAUGCGGCCAUCCCCGGAGUCAGUUCCUUACAGAGUAGCGCUUAAAAAUCACAAGAUCCUGUUAAGUUCGACAGAAAGCAAAGAUUCCUUAGAACAGCAGAUUUCAAUGACUCACGAAAAGCUUUCCAAGCUUGAACAAGCCAAGGAACAUUGGAUGUUAGAAUCUCAACUUUUACAAGUAAAAUAUGAAAAAGAAGUUAAGAAAGUACGAGAUCUGGAGGAAGAAAUAAGCAAACUUCAGACUGCCAAAGGAGUACUACCAACAGUAGACGGCCUGUCGUCUAUCUCGGACGAAACUGGAUCCAUUUCAUCACAUUCAUCAUUGACGUCACAUAGUUACGAGGUCCAGGCCCCGCCGUCUGAUCUUGGAGGAGUGGCGCUACUCAGCCAAGCCGAGGGAGCAGAGGAAGUAACAAGGGAAACACUGAUCAAAAAUCAUUUUACACAGAGAGUAGCUGAGCUUACUUCACAGGUACAAUUUGCUGAGAGCAAGACUGUAUCCAUAAGUACAGAGUGCCGCGCUCUGUACCGACGCAUGAAACAGGCUGAAAAGACAAAACAAGAACUCGCGAAAAAUCUCAAGACUGCAACCUCCAAAGUCAGCCAACUAGAGGACGAGGUGGAGACAAUCAAGCGAAGCUACGAGACACAGUUAUCAAUGAUGAGCGAUCAUUUGUGCGGAAUGAAUGAGAAGCUCACCUCACAGCAAGACGAAAUAGAGGCCCUUAAGGGUAGUAAGGCGAAAAAGGGAAAACAGCGGUGACGAAGAGAGAUUUUAUUUUCAAAUAGAGACAAUAAUAUUGUGAAGAGGGAAAGAUUGCGGAAGGUUUUAUUGAUUUAUGAAAGACAGAUUUUAAAAAUGGCCAUCAAAAUUUAUCUGGAGAAUUAUUAGAUCCGUGAUGCCGUAUAAACAUUCCUAAUAGUAAUAAUUUGAGCUCUUAUAAAUUUUUUUUCAUAAGUGCUUAAAACAGUAGGAUUUGUUACUAUUUUCUCGCAGUUUUUCUAGUGUCUGUGAUGUUUUUCCUAACUUUCUGUUAUCUUCCUUUUAAGAGAAUAUUUCUCCACGGACAAGCUCUCUCUCGAGUCGAGUAAAUUCUUUGCAAAAAAAAUUCUCAUUUCCCCGAAUAUACGAACGUCUUACUCAAAACAACAGUUACCCCCAGAGCGUUACACCACAGUGUUUGAGCUUUGUUUUGCUUUUCCUUUUUGAGCUAUGUACCAAAAUCACUUUUAUCUAUGGAAUAUUAUGCACUUGUUGACUGAGUAGGAGGGCUGGACGGGUCAAAAUAAUUGGCUGGAGGUUAUGACUUCGCUCGAUCCAUGAAUCAUGGCCGAGAGCCAAAUAUUGCCUUUCGGCCCGAUCAAACUCAGUCAGUCAGCAUUGAAAAUUUAAGGGAAGUUGCAUGUUGAUCAUCUGUGAAGGUUAGGGCUGUAAAUCAGUUGCACCCGGCCAUAACGAAACUUCGGGUCAGUUGAUGAUAGCUUUAACAAGAUCGUGUCAACAAUCCUGUAACUUUGAAAAGCUUUGUAAGAAAUUUUUGUAUUAGAAUUCUACGGAUACUCAGUAAAACUUGAUAAUUUUUUUUAAUUUAA